CGUUCCUUUUCCUUUCCCUUUUUGUUUUCCGUCAAGUCAACAAAAGUGACACUGUGACAGUGUGACAUAGGGAUUAGCUCUAGUGUGACAAUCAACGAUCAGGAAAGCAGUUGAACGGGGAAUGCUAAAUAUCGACCAUGUAAACAACAGCCGCGCGUAGAAAGUCCCUGAACAUUCCUCGACCCUGCGGCUCUUCCUCUACACGUCGUAAUUAUGAGAUGAGCCGAAUCCUGAUGCCGGAACCGACCCUUGGGGAGCGUUGCAACGGCGCCCUGUCGGCGCCGCGCAUUCGGCGCCUGCUGGGCCACUUGUGCAACAGGUGCAUCCCCGCCGUAUUGCGUAGACACCACAGGGUGCGUCCUGCAGAGACGGACCUGAGCCAGGCCGACGAUGACAAAUUUGAGUACCUGCAACUGAACCCUGAGCGCCGCAUCAGGGUCAUCCACCACAAUCCUGAGGAUGACGAAAAAAAUAAGCAGAAGUCUGACAAGGAGGUGGAGAAUAUCGAGGAACCGUCGGUGGAACCUACAAGUGAUCAGUAUUGGUUUGUCCGAGGGUCUCACUGCUCCUACAGGUUGAUGAAAAACAAGGCUAAGGCUAAGCAGAAACAGUUGGAAGCAUUCAUCAGGAGAGACUCUGUGAGAUACAGUUUCCAUAAAAAGGAAGCGGAGAGGAAGUUGUCGUCGGACGUGUCGGAAACUGACGCACCACCUAAAUUUGGCACAAAGGAUGCCCCUCUUGAAAAGGAUGAAGAUGUUGAAAAAAUUGCCAAUGACCUGCUGGAUAAGGUGUUCAAAGACGCAAUCACAGCUGCGUCGGAAAAAAUCAUUUCAACCUGCAGAGACGAAGAUGUCGUGGACAUUGCCGACAUUAAUAUUUCUAUCGACAGCACUUUUGUUAACGAAGCAUUUGUUAGUGACGAGCCUAAGGGUGGUCUAGAUUUGCACGGAGAAAUUAGCAAACCUGCUGUUGUUGUAGAAGAAGUUAAGCUGCCCAUCAAAAUGACGGCGGAAGAAGAAAAUAAAAUCAAAAAACCAAUGAUCAUGUUCCUGCAUGGUGCUGGCUCCAGUGCUGAAGCCUGGACUUACCUUAUUGACUACUUCGCACUAGCAGGCUAUGAGGUUUUGGCACCUGAUAUGUUGGGACAUGGAUUCAGUUCUGCGCCAAAUUCAAGCAAAGCAUAUUCUUUUGCUUGUCUACUACAAGAUGCGUUGCAAAUUUUUGAUACCUAUGUCACUGGAAACAAAAAAUGUGUUCUUAUCACACAUGGCUAUGGUUGCAGUUUUGGUGCUGCAGUAACAAGAUACCGACCACAAAGUAUCUCCCAGUUGGUUAUGAUAAGCGGAGGUGGACCAACCCCUUUGGCCCCACCCAGUGGAAUAUAUGCCUUGCCAAGAUUUUUGCUUGGAUGUGCCAAACCUCUUCUCCUUUGUGGUUUUAGAAGGGAGUAUUUUUAUGCUCCAAGAGGAAAGAAUCUGAUUUUCUGUGAUAACAUUGACAUUCCACCAAAAGUUUUACUCUAUUUGCGACAGGGCCAGCACUGGCCUCAGGGCGACUCCAGUUUUCACCGUCGCAUUACCAUACCCACACUCCUGGUGCACGGGAUGAACGACCCAUAUAUAACACUCGUUGAAGAAUGUGAAAUGGAGAGGACGAUCCCACGCUCUUUUCUGGAAAUAUUGCCGGAGGCCACACAUUUUGCAAUGCAAGAGACUCCCGACGAACUGUGCCACAUGAUCCAUUGUUUCAUAACGUUGUGGGAAAAGGGCAAGGGACUGAGCAAGUGAUAUUUAGCGAAUUCUCACGGAAGUGCCUUUUUUUUUAAUUUAUUUUAAUAUGCUUUAGUCAUGACAAAUUAUGACCGAAAUACUCAUUAAAUUUGAUUAGCCCAGUAUUGCAGCCAACCAAAUGCUGUCCUCAAUGUAAAGAUGCUUUUAUAAUGCAUUUAUUAAUUGGAUUUUACUGUCCAUUGUUAAAAAUAUUUUAAAUAAACAAGUAUCUCCACAAAUUAAUCAUACCCGAGAGGGAUAUACAAGUUUUUGGAUAUGCAAUUAUUGUUCAAGUUG